AUGUUAAUAAUUCAUAGUUAUAAUUGGUCUAUUGAUUACUCUAAACCUCUUGGUAAAGGUGCCUUGUCCGAAGGAGUUUACAAAGCAACAUUAAAUGAUACUGAUGUUAUAGAUAAAAACAUUCCAUCUGUUUGUUCAAUUAAAAUUUUAAAUUUAAAUGAACAUAAAACUUACAAAGCAGAAAUAGAAGCAAUUGACAACUUAUUAAAAUUGAGUCCACAUGAAAAUAUAAUUAAAUUCUAUGGAUAUGGAUACAAAGGUGAUAAAUUAUAUAUAUAUAUGGAAUAUUUAGAUGGUUAUAAAACAAUUAAAGAUUUGGUAAAAGAAUAUUAUUAUUUGGCAGAAUUAGAUAUUGUUCCAGUGGCUAAUAAAAUUAUAGAUGCAUUGGAUUACCUGCAUAGAAACCAUAUUAUUCACAGAGAUAUUAAAUGUGAAAAUAUUAUGCUAAAUCCCAAAGAUGGUACUCUUAAACUAAUAGACUUUGGGACUUCAAAGUACCUUAACAACUCUAGUACCCACACAACUACAGGUACCAAAUCACACAUGGCUCCAGAGAUAAGGAGCUUGAAUAAACAAUAUAGCUUUCAAACAGAUAUUUGGAGUUUAGGCUCUACUUUAAUCGAAAUGGCCAAGGGUGACCCAAGUGAUAAAGAUGAAAAAGGGUUUCCAAAAAUACCAAAUGAUAUUUCAAAAGAAUACACAGAGUUUGUCCAAAGGUGUUUAAUUUUAGAACCAGAUGCAAGACCUAGUACUAGUGAUCUUAAAAAUCAUAUUUUUUUGAAAAUAAAACUAUACGAUAAACAAUCAAUAGCGCCUCCAAAAUUACCAUGUAAUGAAAUUAAAAUGGAUUCCUUAUCUGACUCAAUUGCUUCGGUCACUCUUUCAACCAAUGGACCCAUUAAACCAUUUUCACUUCCAUCUGCAGUAAAGUCACUAACAUUACCCACUUUUAAUCAUUCAAUAAAAUGUAUCCAGGAUAUUUCAAUCACACUUACAGAGUUAACACUACCGUUAUUUAAUCAACUUAUUGAUCCUUUAUGGCUUCCAAUAAUUUCAAUAAAAUCUAUCACAUUAGACUCAUUUAAUCAACCUUUUUUGCUUUUCUCAUUUCCAUUUUCAACAACAUCACUCAAACUAAGAUCAUUUAAUCAACCUAUUGAGCCUUACUCGAUUCCUCCUUUAAUAAAAUCACUCAUACUGGAGUCGUUUAAUCAACCCAUUGAUUUCCCCACUAGAUAUUUUUCACCUAUCGAAUACUCAAUUACAUCACUUACACUACCAUCUUUUAAUCAAUUUAUUAAACCCAAAAUUAUUUCACCCUCAAUUACAUCAAUUAAAUUUGAAAUAUUUAAUCAACCUAUUUCUCCUGAUACAUUUCCUCCUUCAAUAACCGAACUUAUAAUGCCAUCUUUUAAUCAAACCAUUACUCAAGGUUCAAUUCCACCAUCAGUAAAAACCUUAGUAUUAGGUUCAUUCAAUCAAACUUUCAAGCUCAAGUCAAAUACAUCAUCACAAAAAAUCAAUAAAAUCAGUAAUUUAUUAAUUCCAUCAUCAGUUACAUCCCUCAGAUUAGAGUUAUUUAAUCAACCAAUUACAACCAAAACAUUUCCUUCAUCAAUCACAGAACUUAUAUUACCAUCAUUUAAUCAAACGAUUAAUACAGGCUCCAUUCCAUCAAAAUUAAAAUCACUUAAAUUAAAAUCUUUUAAUCGUUCAAUUCCCUCAAAAACAAUUCCAAUAAGUGUAACAAAACUCAGACUGCCAUCAUUUAAUCAAAUCAUCAAACCCAAAUUUAUUCCACCAAUUACAAAAUCACUUUCACUUUCAUUUAAUCAACACAUUACCCCAGAUUUAAUUCCAUCAUCAGUCACAUCACUCACUUUAAUAUCAUUUAACCAACCUAUUCCACCCAAUUCAUUUUCUAAUGGUCUAACAUCGCUCAAACUACCAUCAUUUAAUCAAGAUUUAGAUGUCGAUUCAAUUCCACCUACCAUAAAAACAUUAGUUUUUGGUGAAUCUUUCAGAUUUAAUGAAUAUGGUGGCAAUCUACCAGAUACAAUCAAAAACUUUACAUGUCUCUAUAAUUUUGGAAAACCAUUUAAAAAAAACAAUAAUAUACCAAAGAAAGUAUCAAUAUUAUCUUUAGAUAACUAUAAUCACCCAAUCACCAAAGACUGCAUUCCUUCAACGUGCCAUACAUUAACUCUAGGUUCAAAGUUUAACUUUCAACAUAUAAAAUCAUUUACUAAUCUUCCAGCAACAAUUACAAACCUUAGCUUUGGUAUAAGCGAUGGAAUAUUAACAGAUGAUCAAAUUAAAAAACUUAUACCAGCAUCAGUUUUAGAUAUCAAAAUUAGGAAACAAAAAAAAAAAAAUAAAAAAAAAUAA